CUCUAAAAGUAGCAAAUAUACAAUCGAAAACUAGAAUUAUCAUCAUGAUAAGAUCGUCGUAGCUACAUAUCCGUGCAACUAUAAUUGGUGUGGAAUUUGCUUUCAAAUAGCAUUUUAUAUAUCGAAAACGUUUAUACACAUUCUGCAGUUUAGUGUAGACGAUUUCUAUUGCUGGCCGAUCCAUACGUUCUAGAGCAUCCGAAGUGCUCCAAAAGAUCGUGACUACAGGGACACACCACUCACGGAAAUGGCGUUACAUAACAAAGUAGUCGAUAAACAACAAUAUGUUAUUUUGAUAUUGCUCGCCGUCUUCCUUCUACAAACAAAGUGCUCGUUUUCGCCACCGAAAUGGAACAGAUCUGAGCUGACUGAUUAUAUCAGUGAAGACACAAACCUUUCGGAUAGUCUUUUGGUCGGAUAUGACAAACGAUUUAUUCCACGUUUACCAGAUGCUCCUUUAUUUGUAAAGCUACAAGUCGUGGUGUCCGACGUUCUCAAAAUAGGAGACAUGGAAGCAGAACUCAUUAUUUUUAUCAGACAAACCUGGUACGAUUACCGACUUUCGUGGAACUCUACCAAGGAGAGGCUAAAAAUCCGCGAACACUUCCUGGACAAAAUAUGGCUGCCUGAUGUUCGUAUUGUUAAUUUGAAAGACGCCAAAAGAUUUGAGGGAUUUGGUGGAGUAAAUAUGAACAUUUAUCGAGACGGAAGAAUAUACUUCAGCCAGCUAGUCCAUGUCAUGACAAGUUGUCCAAUGGACCUACACCGGUUUCCAAUGGACCGACAAACAUGUUUUCUUAACUUUUCAUCCUUCGCUUAUGGGAAAUCGUGGCUGAGCUUCUCUCCAUCUGGCAAGCCAGUCGAAGUGAGGCAACAUCAACUGCCACAAUUUUAUCUUGUUGAAGCCAAGGAACUUGAUGAAAGCAACAACGGCGGGAUGGCCAAAUUCAGUGUGUCGCUAACCUUCCAACGGCGAGCUGGCUACUACGUAUUGCAGGUUUAUAUACCAGCUUCAUUUCUAGUCAUCCUCUCUUGGCUCUCGUUUUUCAUGGAAGCAACAAACAUUGCAGAUCGACUUACACUUGAGAUAACCAUGAUUCUCUCAACAGUUUUCCUGCUCGAUGGUAUUAACGACAGUGUCACUCGUGUGUCAUACGCGAAGGCAUCUGACUGGUACGUCAUCACGUCGUUUGGUUUUAUAUUUUUCGCCUUGCUGGAGACCAUGUUGGUUUAUCGGUUAUCACUGUCCGAGAAAAUAAAAGCGAUUAAGCGUGGAGAAAAACCAAGUGGUGUUGAGAACACAGUCGAGAAACAAUUGUCGAUCGUCUUCAUGAAAUCUAACGAAGAACUACCGGAGGAAAAUAUCGAACUAGCCAAACUGAAGGGACAACUAAAUACUGGACAAGACGAGGUCGCUUUCAGUCGUACAGAGAGUAAAGUCACAGUGACUAAACAAAAUGCUGUAAGAUCCUGCAGUCCUUCGGGUUGGGUUGAUAAAAUAUGCCUUGUUAUGUUCCCUACACUUUAUGUUGCUUUCAAUUUUGGUUAUUGGUUUCAUUUUUCACCGUAAACCUAGUGUUGAAACGGACAAACUUCAUGUGACAAAAUAUAGACAGUAAAUUUUGUAGUACCCGUAGUGCAAAAUGAUUUUAGUACAUUCUGUGAGAAUAAGUUUUAUACUCUUCCUACUCGUACAAGUUUGUUCUAUAGCUACAUCUCAUGUUAUUUUGUCAAGUGCACCGUAACCGUUUCACAUAAUUCUCUUCUCCUAAAUCUCGUUCUUUAGAUAUGAUAUCUUUGUUAUUUCAAAGGCAAAUUAAAAAGAAAAUAUAGUU